ACAUUCAUGGAGGCGGUACGGAGGUACUGUAUAGAAUAGUACUCCGUAACAUACCUGAGUACGGAGGAGAAAAGGGACGAUACUGCACGGAGUACUCCGUCGGCUCACAUGCCACGAGCUCCCCCGCACGGCUGAUUGCCCGUGGCGCUUCCAUCACAGCGGGACUCGGAUCGCAAAUCUGACUGCUCCCUAGGCCCUUGUGCCUGGAAACCCACGAGCACACAAGUAUGGGGCCUUGGACCCCUUUCCCAUGGACCACUGCGACGGGAUUUGUGAAUUGCGUAUGGUUUCACACCCUAUCCCUUGCCCAUCUCCUGCGCAGGUGAAUCUCGUCUGGACUGCAUCAGUAAAUGGCAGGCGGAUGAAAGAAGGGGAGAAGAAAGAGCUACUCACGUCAAUCCGCAGUGGUCAUCAGUGCCACGGAUUGUCCAAAGCUACCUACAUAGUGGACUGCGUAGAUCCCCCAGAAUGUGUGUUAUGGAGAAUUCCGUGGUCAAGUUCAAUCACCAUCGUUGUGAAGUCGGCGGCGCGGAGCAACGUGCACAAAGGGUAUGAAAGCCAACUGUUAUCAGGUCUCUGUUGUUUGUCACUCGGCCCCGACAUGCAAUGCUUGGCCGAAGUCGCGUCAUUGAGGAACGCCCUUGUUGCCGACCAGAUGGACCCUGCUAUCUGCACUGCACACUGCCGAGCUCGGGGCAUCGUAUGCUUCAUCUGAUUGAUGCCGAGAUCACGACAGCCGGCAUGCCUACUUACUGUGUACCAAGUACAACCAGUGCGGCACCAGUUCGCAUGAGACGCCUCGACUUGGCUUCAUGUAACAAGCUCUUAGCGGCUGCGUGCCAAGUCGUCAGUCGUCAGUUUCGAGAUGGGGCGACUAUCCGCAGCCAGACAGCAGGUAGAGUACGGAGUACCGCAGCUCCUAUCCAC